AGGAGUCAGACAUUAUAAGGAGUCAAUUUGACAAAAAGCUUGAGCUGAAAUCAGCUUAAAAAUCAUAACUUUGUCUUUUUAACACAUUAUGUUUAGUCUAUACAAAUUAGAAAACGGUACUGCUUAGUUUGCAUCUUUUAUUCAAAAUUUGGCAGAAAUUAAGAUUUUGAACUGAAACUACUUCCCUUCUCCUCCCUCUCUGUUGUGUUUCAACGCUGCCUGAGAAGAUCCUGCUGACAAAAAGCUAAAUGCUAAAAGCUAAGCUGACUAUCAAAGAGGCAGUGAUUGACACUUAAAACAAUUAUUUUUUUGAAAACCACUUUGAAGGAAGUUGGAAUGAGUAGUUUUAUUCAUCUGUGUGUGUGAGAUUUAUUUAUUUUUACUAAUAUAACUAGGCCAUUUGUAAUAAUGCUAUUUAUUAUAACUAUAUUAUUAAAAAUAAUAUAGGAUAUUUAAGAAGCUUCUCAUCUGGUGAUCUACAUCUUUUGUCCCACACAGGUGAGUUUUCACAUUUAUUUGGUCACAUCACAGGACAGAGCUGUGGUUCUGGUCUUUGGUGAGAGAAGCAGAUUAUUUCUUCACACUGUCAGUAUGAAGGCUGAGUGAAACAGAGUCUUGACUAAAUAGAGAAAGCUUGUUCAUUUUCCCACAGUUAAUUGUCUGCUGCUCCUCAGAGAAUUCUGCAACUCCUGAGUUUAAAAAGAGCAGAAAGAAACAGCAGCAAAAGAAUAAUAGUUGGAUUAUGCGUUCUCAGCUGAUCAUUAUUAUGCCAGUCACAACAAUUCUCCCCAAAAAAGGGAUAAAAUUGCAUUAUGGCAAUAUGUUAUUGCAUAUCUACACACAAAGUUUAUUUUAAAGCAAAGGAAGCAAUACAAAUAAAAGAACAAAAUUUCACUUUUCCAUCAGCUUAUAACAUAAUGAUACUUAUCUUUUAUUGUCUUUUUUUAAUCAAACUUUUUCUGUCUAGUCAUGCCUCUUGUGUAAAACAGUGUAUGGUCUUUGUUGACCUCUAUUGGCGAAGGAUAUUAACACUGCCUGAAACUGGCUCCUAGAAAGAAGUGGUUUUAAACCCUAAUACUUAAAUAAAAUCUAGUUAUGUCUAGUUUGGAUGAGCUGAAGCAAGGAAAUUUAUUAAAAAUUCCAUGUACAGGGUUUUCUACUUUUUCUUUCGACCCGUUCAACAAAACUAAUGACAUCAUUGGAAGUAGCCAAUAUUUAUUUGUCCCAUCCUGAUUGUGCUCAAUUAGUUUUGAUUAAAUAAUGUGCAUCAGCGUUGCUUUCUUGAUUUUAUUUUUUGCAACACAAGAAACAAUUUGGCAUCAACCGAGCAAGUAGGUGUUAAAUGCAAAAAAUGGUUCAGCCCAAAAAGGUUUUGAGGUUUUUAAAAAGUUGUAAUCUUGUAUUUGCUUGAAUACUUUUAGUAUUUUAACGAUGUACUAAUGAUAUACAACUAACUCAAAUGGUAUUUUGUUUACAUCAACUAACAUUGAAACCGUUUUUAAAAACCUGUAUCUUUCUAAUUUCAGUAAAGAUGGAUCACCUUGUAACGCAAAAUUGCAAAACAAAAGUGUCGAAAAAAUCUAAUCACAAUAGUAAAAAUAUAUAUAUAUUAAAAAUUCUGAAGUGGUUUUGGCGUCUUCAGUGCAGGGUUUUUGACCGAUUUGGCAACCCCAGUGUAAUCUCGUAAAUUAGCGUUGUUAUUCUCGCGAGAAUCAGGCAGUCUGCCUGAUAGGAAUAAUGGCCGGAACGAAGAAGAACACAAGAGGCAUUUUAGAGUGUUUUAGCUGACCGGGAGAAGCGAACGUCACCGGGAGCCCCUUCCUACCCAGAUCUCGGAGCGGAUGGGUAGAAGGGGUUUCACCAAAGGACUCGAGAAACGGAAUAGACUCUUGAGGAAGUGGGAGAAACGCUAACGUUUUCUUGGUAGCUAGUGCUAGCUGGCUAACACAACACACACGGGUGUCACUACCGAGGGGGCAAACCCGAAUAGCUGUGACAGUUGUGUAUCAGGUGGCUCGAAUGAAACGGUGACUUAACCCCGGAACUUGUGGUCAAACGUCCGCCCUGUCGCUAAUAUGAGUGGACCGGGGCAGGACAGCGAACCAGAGGCGAAAGUCCUUCUCAUCAAGCGGCUUUACAGAUCUGUAGUGGAGUCUGUACACAGACUGGAUGGCAUCAUUGGCACCAAAUCAUCCUACAGAGAGGUCUUCAAACCGGAGAACAUCAGCCAGCGCAACAAGCUUAGGGAGUUUUGUGUGAAAUUAAUGUUUCUUCAUCCUGUGGACUACGGCCGCAAAGCUGAGGAGCUGCUGUGGAGGAAGGUCUACUAUGAGGUCAUCCAGGUUAUCAAGACUAACAAGAAGCAUAUCCACAGUCGCAGCGCCCUGGAGUGUGCCUACAGAACACACCUGAUCGCCGGUGUGGGUUUCUACCAACACCUGUUGCUCUACAUUCAAUCACAUUACCAGCUGGAGCUGCAGGACUGCAUCGACUGGACCCACGUCACAGAUCCACUCAUUGGCCGAAAAAAACCUGUGUCAGCCUCGCCUAAAGAGAUGGAGUGGGCUCAGAUGGCCUGUCAUCGAUGUCUGGUCUACCUUGGAGAUCUGGUUCGCUACCAGAAUGAACUUGCUGGGGUGGAGACUGAGCACCUGGCAGAGCGGUUUUACCAUCAAGCCCUGUCUGUUAUGCCACACGUAGGAAUGCCUUUUAACCAACUGGGAACACUGGCCGGGAGCAACUUCUACAACGUUGAAGCGACCUACUACUACCUGCGCUGCAUCCAAUCAGAUACUCCGUUUGAGGGUGCCUACGGCAACCUCAAACGGCUGUUCGACAAAGCUGCCAAGAUGUACCACCAAGUCAAGAAGCAGGAAAUGAAGAAGCUGUCUCCGUCUCGGCAAAGAUCCAAAGACAUUAAGCGCCUCCUGGUGAGCUUCAUGUACCUCCAGAGUCUCCUGCAGCCCAAGAACAGUCUGAUGGAGACGGAGCUGACGUCACUCUGCCAGUCUGUGCUGGAGGACUUCAACCUGGUCCUGUUCUACCUCCCGCCUCCAACACAUGGAAGCACUCAUCAUCACUGCCCCAGCGAGGAAGAGGAGGAGCAGCAGCAUGCUGACAACUCCUAUCCUGUUCUGCCCGACAACCUGAUCUUCAAAAUGGUGGUUACAUGCCUGAUGGUGGUGCACAGCCUCAAGAGAGGAGGCUCAAAGCAGUACAGCGCAUCCAUAGCUUUCACUCUGGCCCUGUUCUCCCACCUGGUGAACCACGUCAACAUCCGGCUACAAGCCGGACUCGAGGAAGGAGAGAGCCAAGUGCCGCCGCUUCACACUGAUGCUGCAGAUGACCUGGAGGUUCAAGAUGUGUCGGCUCCUCCCACAGACCACUCGGAGGAGAGGCUUCUGGAAAAUGGCUCCCUGAAGCAGCAGGAGGAGGAGGGGGAGGACAAGGAAGGAGGAGGCUGUGAGCGAGUCGGAGGCAAAAAGCUCAGCAGUGAGGACGACCAGCAUAGGAUGGAUGAGGAGAAACAGAGGCAGAAGAAGAAGUACACUCGCCUUUCUCGACUCCGCCGGCGUCGUUGUGCUCGCAAAGGCGGGCUGGGCGAAGACGAGAGCGAUCUGAGCGAAGGAUUUGAGAGCGAAGAAGAUGAGGAUGAAGUAGAAGGGAGGGGCCGGGCUAAUUCCACAGGAGGUACCACGUUGGAAGAACCGCUUAAUCCUUCGUCUGUCAAGAAGGAGACAAAGAUAGAGCCUCUUGGUGAAGGAGGUAGCUGGGUGAGUGGCUCAGAGGAAGAGGAGGAGGAAGGAGGAACAGCUUUCGAUGUUGAGACUGAUUCCGACAUGAACAGCCAGGAAUCUCGAUCAGACCUGGAGGACAUUGAGGACACAGAAAAUUCAGAAAACAUGGAGGGUACGGCCCGGGAGAACCAGGAAGAGGACGAAGAUGAAGAUCAACCUAAAGGUGGCGAGAGGGACGGCGAGAUGCCUCCAGCCUCCAACGGACCGCUCACGUUGAGCGACUCUAGCAUCAGCAGCAACCUCCAGGCCAUGUCCUCUCAGCUCUUCCAGGCUAAGCGCUGCUUCCGUCUGGCUCCGACUUUCAGCAACAUGCUCCUGAGGCCUCAAGCUUCCGCUUCCUCGGUAAUUCCCACCCCCACGGACACCUCUGCUCCCCCCUCUCAAGAGACGCCGCCACCUCCUGUGGAGUUGCAUUGUGACAUGAGCUCCGGUACCGCCAAUGGAACCAACGACAAUGCAGACACGGACUCUGACUCAGAAGGAAGUCAACGCAGCACUCAGUCCGCACGCAGUGAGAAAACCCUCUUGGAGAAGCUGGAGAUCCUGACCAAUCAGGGCUUGAUGCAGGUGGUGAAGGUCUUUGUUGAUUGGCUGAGGACAAACACAGACAUCAUCCUCAUGUGUGCACAGAGUUCUCAGAGUUUGUGGAACCGUCUGUCGGUUCUGCUAAACCUGCUACCCGAUGGCAGCAAGCUGCUGGAGGCUGGUCUUGGCCUGAAUGCAGAGGUGACAGAGAUGCUGAAGGCAUGCGAACAGCCAGGUUUGAUCCAGAGUCUGCUGCUGCCCGAGGACGUGGCUCUGAGACACCUGCCUGCUCUCGGCGCCGCUCACCGCCGCCUUGAUUGUACUCACCAGAACUCCGCCCUCAGUUCCCUUCAGGAGUGUGUUGUGCGAGUUUGUUGCAUUCGUAGUUUUGGGCACUUCUUAACAAAUCUCCAAGGCAAUGUUCUACACUUCAACCCUGAGGUGGGAAUCUUCACCAGCAUCGGCCAGGCUGAACAGGAGAACCUGGUGCAGCAGGCCAAGGCCCAGUUCAGGAUGGCUGAAGAGGAGGCUCGUCGUAAUCGGUUAAUGAGGGACAUGGCGCAGCUCCGACUGCAGUUGGAGGUGUCGCAGCUAGAGGGCAGCCUUCAGCAGCCUAAAGCUCAGUCGUCCAUGUCUCCCUACCUGGUACCAGAUGCUGCUGCCCUCUGCCAGCAUCUCAGUCUCAUCCGGCAGCUGGCUGGCAGCGGCUGCUUCAUCGUCAUCAUCCCACGGACGGUGAUUGACGGACUUGACAGGCUGAAAAAAGAGAAUGCUGGUGCCCGGGAUGGCAUCCGCUUUCUGGAGUCAGAAUUUCGCAAAGGCAACAGGUACAUCCGCUGCCAGAAGGAGUCAGGUCGCAGUUUUGAAAGAGAUAAAGUAAAACGGCUGGACAUUGAAGCUUGGCAUCUUUAUAAGAUGGUGGACAGUUGUCGUCAGCUAUCGGUCUCCCAGAGCAACGGAGAUGAAGACACAGCCGGUAUGGUGACCAUCUUAACGGGCCAUGAAGUAGAAGAGCUUCGCUCUCGUUCAGCAUCGAUGAAGUCGGCAGUCCAAGCGGCGACCUUGGCGGGCAUGGAGCUGAAAAAUAUUGUGGAGUUUUACCGUCAGUGGAAGGAGAUCGGCUGACAGUCCAAAAGGGGGCGGCUGUCAGUGCUGCAAACAGCUGAUGGAUAACAACACUCGCUCCCUCUAUCUCUCCUACUCUCGCUCUGUGUGUAUCUGCGUCUCCAAGGCAACAAAACAACUCAAAAGAAAGCUGAAUCGUGGAGUUAAAGCUCAGAGGGCUGGACGAGGAAAUCCAGUGGAGUCAAAUUUAAAAAUUAGAGAAACGCGGGCGAAAAACUUUGCUAUAAGAAACAGCAGAUCUCCCACAUCACAGUUCCCAAACAUAAAGAGUGACCCCUAGUGGUCGGAGGGAGGAAGCAGUGGGACAACGCUACCAAAAUUCAAGUGCCCCUGGUUCACCUCUAACCAGGAAUACACUGUAAAUGUUAGGAAACGAGUACAUUUGUGUUGAAACUGCACACAAACACUCACGUUCAGAUGAAUCCAUAUAGAUAUUUAGAGCAGCAGUUUGGAUUUCAGUUCCCUUUUCCUCAGUCUACUUUUCAAAAAUAGGGUCAAAAGCCAGAGUGGUACUGUGUAAGGUCACGGGUGUAACAUGACGUCUGACAGCGGGAACCCGCACUGACUGCCUGACACUUGAGGCUUUCAUCAAUCAAAAACAAACCAGGCACCUUGUAGCUCAAAGGGUUGAAGGAAGGGUUGAGGAAGCCGGAAGUACGUUUCUACGGGAUCGGUUUGUUUUCUUUGUGGCUUUUUUAUUUAAUUUUCAUUUGUUUUUCUUUAUUUGUGGUGUACUUUUGUGACCAGUGACUUAUGUAUUGUGCUGUUUCUAUCUGAGAAAAGAAAACAUUACAGGUGUUGUCCUGUUUGAAGAUAUUAAUUUGGAUUUUAUUUUUGUACCCUGAUGUUUAUUUAGCUUUUUGUAAGCUGAAUCUGAAUGAUAGAUGCAAGAAUGUUUAAAGGAAAAGGGACGAGGUCAGUGUGUGUCAGACUGAACAAACCCAAAAGAUGCUAAUCCAGAAUCUAUUUAUCAAGUGUCGCAGGUGGGUAGAAGCUGACUGGCUUCAUGUUGUAAUUAGUAGAUAAAGGAUCAGCUGACCCUUUCCUGAGGAAUGUGGAUUGUGUUUGGACCUGUGUAAACUCCUAAAAUGUAUCCUAUCUACAUCACCAUCUCCAUAGUGACUGUCCCAUCAUGCACAUUGCAGAGGAAAACCAGUAUAUGUGUGUGGCCAUGCAUUGAACAAUAAAAUAAACUGAUGCUGA